AUGUCGGAUCCGGUCCAUCGGCACCAAUCGUCGCUCAAGGUCUCCAUACGACCUUUGCAGUCCUCCUUCUUCGCUGGCGAAGACUUUGUCUGCCAGAUCACCUUCACAAAUACCAACCCUCCCCUACCACUUGCACAACCACAGCUUCAGGGAGAGUUUCCUCCUUCGUCACCAGCACGCAAUCUCUUUGAUGACGACGCGGCCGGCCGUCGCGUCUCCUUGACCUCAAAUCAUUCCAAAUCUCGCAGCUUCGAUGUCAGAGCUCUGGGUCGGGACAACGAGCAGUCCGACGCCUCUGCGAGCGUGCCCGGCUCCACGCGAGCUAAGAGGCUUCUUCGACACCUCGAUGGCGAUAUCUUGCCCGAGCGUAAGGGCCUGAUCGGCAAGAGUCUUCCUUCGCCUACACUCUCACGCUCCUUCCACCCUUGGUCAGCGUCGUCCAACCUGGGACCUGCAAACCCCUCGCAUCGGUCCACACAGUCAACUUACAUUCCGUCAAAUGGUGAAAAGACCGAGCUUGGCCUCGGACACCCAAGGCUUCCCCAGCUUAGCCCCAUCAAGGCAACACCACCAUCUUCGCGCGUUCAGACAGAUCUCUUCUCGCCCAAGACUCCGUCGCGCGUCUCGUCUCUACCCGGCCUGGGCAACAGGAGACCCUCGGCACCUAUCUCACCCCACCAUUCUCAUUCACGCAAAAAGUCGGUCGCACAAGUGCAGGCCGAAGAUCUCACUGAGGCCUUCGAGCUCGAUUCGCCAUCGGCAGCGUCUUCGCCAACAGCUUCCUUCUCAAAUUCGUGGCUGGGUGCUUCCCAUGAGCAGAACGCCGGCUCCAGCUUCUACGGCAUGGGCCGCAACGAUAGCAUGGAGAGCGUCUUUCGAGAAUCCGUCAACGACUGGUCCAAAUUCAAGCGACCAGCUUCUUUAUCACGAAAGUCCAGUCAGAGUCCGAUCUACCCUUCCCCCGACACCGCAACUUCGGGCAGUCAAAGAAUUCUGUGGUCCUUCGCCCAGCUCGGAGGCACGAUCGAGAUCGACGAGAGCCUCAUCAAGCCGCACGAUUUCGAAAGUCUCAAGAGGAGACUGGCCUAUGGCGACAUUUCGGGUGCAACCGCCUCGACCAACUCUGUUCCUAGCACGCCAAGGACGCUCGGUGGCGGCGAUCUUGGUCAUUCCUCGGAGCCACCACCAAGUCCCACAGGCUGGAGCAGCUAUCUGCGCGGACCGUUCGGGGGUCGGGCUCAACAGCAUCGCCGUACCGGCUCGACCAUGCAAGAUGCGCAGGAGCGCACACUGCAGAGCCGAAGCGUGCCCACCUUCUCCGCUCCGCCUAGCAUCGUUGCUGUUGACUUGGUCCUCGCUCCAGGAGAGAGCAAGACAUUCCAAUUUAAGCUUCGUCUGCCCGUCGACCUCCCUCCCACCUACCAAGGCAAAGCGAUUCGUCUCCGGUACAAUCUGACCCUUGGCACGAAUCGGUCCGACGCCAAUGCCAACUCAACACGCGCGCAGACCAGCCGGCUCAUUCAGGUGCCCAUUCGCAUUUACAAUCACAUUGGCGAGUCGGGCUUCCGGCCUUUCUUCGAUCUCAUGAACCCCGUCAUUCUCACCAAGGAGGAUGCCUCUGUCACGCUUGUGAGCGAAGACGAGAGGCCAGCGUUCGGAGCGGAGCGUUCCAGAGCCAAAGUUGCGUCGAGGAAGGGGCCAUCAUUACGCAAGCAGGACUUGCAGGAGUAUACCCGGCAGCUGCUCGUCAGCAAAGCCAUCAGCGAAGGCUCUCCCGUCACCUCGGUGCCCGAAUUCGGCGGACCCGCACCCGCACCAGCCGGCGCGGGGACCAGGUCCUGCAAAGCGACCAUCGAAGCGCUCGCCCGCUCUUCCAGCAAAGUCUCCUACGACAUCGCCAAAGACGGCAAGGUCGCUGCAGUCCUCACUCUCGUCCGCUCGCGCUACCGUCUCGGCGAAACCAUCACGGGCGUGAUCAACAUCAACAACGCGCACUCUCUCGCGCGCAUCGCUCGCAUGAGUGCAACACUGGAGACGUUCGAAGACGUCCAGCCCUCGAUCGCCACCCUCCCCGCGGGUCGGCUCCAACGUGUCACCCGCAUCAUCCAUGCCGAGCACCACGAGAGCGUGCUCGACAAGGGCCGCGCCAGCUUCAGCCUGUGCAUCCCCAGCGGUGCUUCCCCAGAGUUUGUGACGAGCGGCGUCAAGCUCAACUGGCUCGUCCGCCUCUCGUUUCUCACCAUCUCGGCCACCAAGCCGGUCGGCGCCGGCGACAUCGAGAAGAAGCUCGCCAAGCUCAGGCCGCCGCCCCAUCUCCUACCCACCCAGUCCGACGGCUUUUCGAGAUACCAUGUCAGCGUUAGGGCGAUCGAUAGUUUGGCGGGGUCAGCGACAGGACUUGGUGCAGAGAGCGCAAAGGCGCUCGCCGAGCUCGGUUGCGCGAGGGAGACAAAGCUUGAAACGGUUGAGUGUGCCGUGCCCGUCUCGAUCCUGCCCAACAGCACGAGCUACAAGGUCGGCGACGCCGAGUUUUACGCCUGA